GAGCAUUCAUCGCGUAUAGCCUACAGUGCGAGCUGGAUGAUGAUUUUUUCAUAGGAUUAAGUUUAUUGUAUUACUUUCUCGAGACUUUGAAAGAAGCGGUUAACAUUUAUUUUUUGACUGUCUGCAAUAUUAUUAUUUUUUAUUUUAUUUUAUUUACCGUUGGAGUCUGCAUCUGUGCGUUCCGUAUUAAUUUUCGAAGUUUUCAUAUUUUUAUCCAUACAGCGCUAUUUCCGAAUUUAAAUACUUAUUAGAAUACUUUCAUUUAUUAACCCAUAAAAUGGUCUCCAUAAUUAGUUGUUAUAAAUUUGUCUUAGUGAAUCUCAUAAUGUCUCAGAUUGCUCUGGGUGAGGUAAACGAGAAAGAGGAGACCGUGCCAGUAAACCUUACCCUUAGAAGAUGUGUUUUUUGGAAUGGGGAGAGACAGCGUUUUAAGAUCAAUGCGUUUGGCCAACUUUUCCUGCUUGACCUGGCACCGGAUAGCAGGUUUGUGGCUCCUGCAUUAAAUGUUCAACGCAUUAAAGCAAAGAAUCUCCCCGCAGUUCUGCACGGUUCCAGGAGCGAAGGUGCUCUCAGGGAUGUCACCAAGUACGAGGACAGCGGUGUGGACCUCAGAAACUGUUUCUACACAGGAACAGUCAACUCUGAAAAGGAAUCGGUAGUUGCUGUCAGUCUGUGUCACGGCAUUCGGGGUACUUUCAUAACGCAAGGAGACGAGUACUUUAUUCAGCCCAAAGCAAGUGACAAGACCACCGGGAACAUUCCUCAGGUGCACGUCGUCAAAAGGCGAGUUUUUUCCAACAGUCAAACAGCUUCAAAAAUGCUAUUUGAUCAAGUGAAAAUAGACAAUUUUGUGACAGAGACCAAUUUGAACUCUAUUGAAGACGUAGACGGCAAACUGAGACGUGCAAAAAGAUUCGUGUCAUCCGCGAGAUACAUCGAGACACUGAUAGUUGCUGACGCUUCAAUGGCACGUUUCUAUGGAGACGAGAUCAAGCACUACCUACUGACUGUGAUGUCCAUGGCAGCGCAAAUCUAUGCGCACCCUAGCCUGAAAAAUUCAGUUAGUUUGGUGGUAGUGAAGAUGUUGAUUGUGGACGAUGAGGAAGUGGGGCCUGAGCUUUCUAGCAACGGUGGUGUUGCCCUGCGAAACUUCUGCAUGUGGCAACAACUUUUCAACCCAGGUAGCCAGAGGCAUCCAGAACACUAUGAUACUGCCAUCUUGUUCACAAGAGAGGAUAUUUGUGGAUAUAAGGAUUGUGACACUCUGGGUGUAGCUGAUAUUGGCACUAUGUGUGACCCCAAAAGAAGCUGCUCCGUUAUUGAGGACAAUGGCCUUCAGGCAGCUUUCACUGUGUCACAUGAACUUGGUCAUGUACUCAGCAUGCCACAUGAUGACUCUAAAAACUGUGAGAAAUGGUUCGGGCAUCUCCAUGGACACCAUAUGAUGGCUCCUUUCUUUGUCCACCUCAACAAAACUCUUCCCUGGUCCCCGUGUAGUGCUCAGUACAUCACAGAGUUCUUCGACAAUGGCCACGGUGACUGCAUGCUGGAUCCACCUGAGAAUACCCUCCCUUUACCUGCCGAGCUCCCUGGCCACACAUAUGGACUAGACAGGCAGUGUCAGCAGGCUUUCGGGGAGGAGUAUACCCGUUGCCCCAAUGCCCCUGAAGAUCAAGUCUGUGCUCAGCUGUGGUGUCGAGAGGAUGGAAAGAUGCAAUGCACCACUCGGAAUGGAAGCCUGCCCUGGGCUGACGGCACUCCCUGUGGGGAGGACAGGAGAUGUCGUGAGGGUUUGUGCGUGUCAAGUGCACUGAAGGAGGUGGGAGCAGAGAAGGUGCAAGUCAAUGGUGGGUGGGGUGAAUGGGGCCCUUGGGGGCCAUGCUCACGGACAUGUGGUGGGGGUGUGGAGUUUUCUUACCGUGAGUGCACUGCUCCAGUGCCACAGAAUGGAGGAUUGUACUGUGUGGGACAGAGGGUCAAAUACCAAUCCUGCAAUACUCAGACAUGCCUAGGAGACCAUGGAAAAAGCUUCAGAGAGGAGCAAUGUGAAAAGUAUAACACUGACCGUUACUUGGACAUUCAUGGGAAUAUAAAGCAGUGGAUCCCAAAAUAUUCUGGUGUCUCUUCACGAGACCGCUGUAAGCUUGUCUGCCGAGCCAAAAGGACCAACGAAUUCAAAGUUUUUGAAGCUAAGGUUGUGGAUGGCACCACCUGUGGGCCAGACACCACAUCUAUCUGUAUUCAGGGCCAGUGCAUCAAAGCUGGUUGUGACCUGGUGAUAGGCUCCAACCAAAGACUGGAUAAGUGUGGAGUCUGCGGAGGUGAUGGUACAACCUGUAGGAAAAUAGGUGGCUCGCUAAAUAAAGCUACUUUUGGUUACAAUGAUAUUGUUACCAUACCUGCUGGGGCCACUAAUAUUGACAUAAAACAACGCAGCCAUCGAGGUAUCACACAUGAUGGUAAUUACUUGGCAGUGAAGGCAGAAGAUGGAACCUACAUCCUGAAUGGAAAUUUGUCAGUGUCCAUGGCAGAGCAGGACAUACCAGUGCCUGGAGCCAUGCUACGCUACAGUGGCUCUUCAACAACCUUGGAGCGACUUCUUAGCUUUCACAAGCUUCAGGAAUCCAUCACUGUCCAGCUGUUGUCCACAGCUGGAGAUGCCUCACCCCCCAGGAUCAAGUACAUCUUUUUUUUGCCAAGGGAUGUACCUUUUAGCAAGCCUAGCACAGAGAGCAGGAUUUCACCACAUGUGAUCUUGCCUUUUGGUGGGACUGACUGGGUAUUGGGUGAGUGGUCUGAGUGCUCCAAGAGCUGUGGUGCUGGAUGGUCCAGGAGGAGCGUGGAGUGUAGAGAUGGGGAGGGGUCCCUGUCCUUCCUCUGUGAUGCUGACCUGCGACCUGCAGACAUCCGGCCCUGUGGGGAUCUGCCCUGUCCGAUGUGGCAGAUGGGGACGUGGUCCGCAUGCUCACGGACUUGCGGACCAGGAGAGCGCCACCGUACUGUAGUGUGCAUGGACUACACAGGCAAGUUUCUAGAACAUGAGAAAUGCAACCCAGAUAAGAGACCAGAGGUAGUUGUAGGAGAAUGCUUUUACCAAGACUGCUAAGGCUUAGAGAAUGGGGAGGUGGUGGGAUCCAUUGUAGUGGAUAGUGACUGAGAAAGCCUAAACCAUGCUUCAGAAACACGCAAAGGAGCUCUUUGGAAUAGAAUGUUAGAUUGGAUAUCACUUAUUAAGCAUAAUAAGGGCAUUUUAUAUUAAAUAUGAUCAAUAUCAUGGAUUAACCUACUUCUCUGUGAUGUUUAUAUUUUGCUCAGUUUCAAUCACAAAGGUAACCUCCUAUGGAGAUCUACCUCAAUCAAUACAAGCUUCACAGUUGUUUAGAGAGGAUUCCUUUGGACAAAAAAAAAAAAAAAGAAAACUAAUGCACAAACCUGCUGAAAUUCUGUUAAUAAAUCUGUCACAUACCUCCAUAAUACAAUGCAGUUUACUCUGCAUCUAAAUGAGUACAAAUUAAGGAGGUUCCUGAAAGGUGGUCAUACACAUUUUUCAAGUAAGAGUGUCCGCAACAGGCUGCAUUUUAGUAUCUUUUUUGCAUGCUAGACUAAUUGAUUUCACACAUAUUAAUUUGCCAACUUAUGUUAGCAAUGAGCCUGUUUCCUAUUAAUAUCUACUACUUUGUUUGUUUUACUGGUAUUACCCUCCAGGGCUGUCAGAUUUACUGGAAGAAACUGAAUUUGGAAGUACAAUCCAUUACUGACCAAAUAAUAGCUGAAUGUGAACAACAUACAACAACAUUUUAUCUGUAAAGUGUUUCCACUUUUGGGACAACAAAUUGGAUGAAUGAGUUUAGUUUUGUAUUUUUAAUGAAUUAAUUUUGUUAUGAAGAAUCCAAGUAGAAUUGCCUUCUCUCACAUACUGUGGAUAUUUUUAUAUAAAUACAGCCAUUUGGUAAUAAGCUAUUCCAGUUUGAGAGCAACGGUGAGAAGACUACAAAGUGUGCCUUUAAUACAUUUUCUAUUUGCAUCCACUGGUACAGUGUACAUAAAAGGGAUCAUACAAUAUUACCAAUAUAGGAAAAUGUGAGUUUAAAUGAGAUAAUUAUUUAUUGCUAAAAGUGGAUACUUACUGUAUAUUAUAGGACACACUUGUGCCCUCAAGAUAAUUAUGAUGAUUAAGACUCAAAAAAAGAGAAAAAGUGUUUCCUGUGAAGAAAAAACAAAAAACAAACAUUGAGAUAGAUUGCAAUAUAUAUUUUUACAAUCUGUUUACUUUUCUUUACUGUUCCAAGCUUUAGUUGACACUGUACAUACAGUGCAUUUAAUGUAAAUGUCAAUAAUCUAAAAUCCACAAACACAUUAUCGGUUGCCCUUGAAUGAAGAGUAAACUUGAGCUUCAUGAUAUGCAAUUUUUCAAAUGUUCUUAAUAAAAGUAAGCUUUUAUUUAAUGAGAUAGGUUAAGAGUUUGUUCAAUUACAGAAGUGCUGAGCAGACAAGGCUAAUAUUACUGAAAUUUUCCCUCUAGCCAGAAGAGCACUGAAUUUUAUAUUUUACUAAAUGCAAGAGUGAUUUUACAUAUGGUUAAAUGCAAUUAGAGUAAAUGUGUUAAGUUGUUUAACAAUUACGUUAGAUAUAAUUUAAUUCAAUAGGACCUAUAAAAUACAGAUAAAUACAGGAGACAAAGAUUUGCAUUCCAUUUUGAGUCAAAAGUAUGCAAGUUUUGAAAUGGUGCAUAUUUGAAACAAAAGCAUUCUAUCCCUUCAGUGAAGGUCUGCACAAUGCUUUUGUUAUAGCUUCCUUUUAUUAAGCUAUUUAUUUUUUCUACCUUUAACACCAAUUUUGUUUCUUAAUCCUGCUGUCUGUCCU